GACUGCACUAUUGAGUGAGCUCCUACAUCAUCAUGUGCUCCUGUUAACAAUUACUUAAAAUCCCGGCUAAAAUGAAGCAUUUCUGGCCGUUAAGAAAGGAGACAGAAAUAGUACGUCUGCUCUUUUCUAGUGUCCGAGAAACUUGCCAAAGCGCGGAGCUCACGUGUACAUACGUGGCUUGCGCAUGUGUGCGGUAUUUUCUCUCUUUGCUGCUUGCAUUUCAAAUCUGACCUCACUGACUCCGAAUCGACUCUGAUCCGCCGGUUUGGUAUUGGUUUUGUUCUGUUUUGUUCGAGGCACAGGUAAACAUGUCACCGUUACGCAAUUCCAGCGGCGAUUCUGGUUCGGAAUCUGAUAAUGCCUCUGCAUCUUCGAGAUCGAGUCGCAGUGGUAGCCGAGCGUCGCAAGCUCCGGUACGAACUUCGAGCAAUGCCAGAAGUGAACACUCGGAGGACGAAAACGAGGCGCCGGCUUCACCUGUCGGUUCGGCAUCUAACGCUAGCGGCAGCCGCGCUUCGAGAUCUACCAGCCAAACGGUCGAGUCAAACAAAUUGGAUGGCAGUCGCAAGUCAGGAAGCCCAUCAUCGCCAGUCGGGUCUGGGUCCAGACGUUCCAGCGUAGGCUCUGUUCAGAGCGAGAAGUCUGGUUCUUCGAGGUCCAGGAGCGGCAGUCCGAAGUCAGUGGCGUCCAACAGUUCGAUAGACUCUCAAAAAUCUCCCAGAUCGCGUUCGCAAUCUCCGCAUGGGAGCGUACGUUCCUCGAGUCCAAAAUCGCCUGUCAGUUCGAGAUCUGCACAUUCCGAAGCUAGAGAAAGGAAAUCCAAGACUCCUGCUUCACCAGCCUCCAAUGCUUCCGGUUACGAUUCUCCAAAAAGUCGUAGAUCUAGGAGCGUUUCGUCUCAAAGAAGCAAUAAGUCAGCAGGUUCCGCAAGUCCAGCGGAAAGAAGAUCAAAUUCUUCCACGCCUUCGAGAAAAUUCGACAAAUCGGCAGAAAGAUCAGGUUCUGAAAAGUCUGACGAUAAAAGGUCGGGAUCCAAAAGUCCUAAAAAUGAUAAAAGCGACAAUGAAUCAAACAAAUCCUUCAAACAGACAGAUAACAAUCAGAGUUCAAAAUCCGACGAAAGCGACGAAGAGGAAAUGAAACCUAAACGACGAGACAGCGGUUCCGGUUCAGAUCCAGAAAAACCAGUUAAACGAUCUAAAGCGAUAAUAAAUUCAGAUUCCGAGAAUGAGACGGGAGACAAAGAGAAUAGUGUUGCUCCAACCGCGGAUGCAUUGUUCGGCGAUGCGAGUGACAUUAGCACAGAUGAUGAAAAGGAGAAGAAGGAAGAAGGAAAGGAAAAAGAACGGAGUCGUAGUCGGAGCAGAAGUAAAAGCAAAAGUAGAAGCAGAAGUCAUAGCAGAAGUAGAAGCAGAAGUCGUAGCAGAAGUCGAAGUCGGAGUCACAGUCAAGGUAGAUCCGAGAGCGGUGGUGAAGGACCAAGUCAUCGAACUAUUAUCGAGGAUGAGGAAGAUAAAGAUAAGGAAGAAGAACCAGAGCCACCACCAGAAACUAGAAUUGACGUGGAAAUUCCAAAAAUUACGACCGAUCUCGGACGCGAAAUUCAUUUCGUGAAGUUGCCGAAUUUUUUGUCCGUUGAAACGAGACCGUUCGAUCAUGAGACCUACGAGGAUGAAAUUGAUGAGGAAGAAACUCUGGAUGAGGAAGGUCGAGCGCGACUGAAGCUCAAGGUUGAAAAUACACUGAGGUGGAAAGAAACGUUUAACAACGAGGGCAAAGUGGCGAAAGAGAGUAACGCGAGAUUCGUCAAGUGGUCGGACGGUAGCAUGUCGUUGCAUUUGGGUUCGGAAAUUUUCGACGUGUACAAACAGCCUUUACAGGGCGAUCACAAUCACCUCUACAUUCGCCAAGGCACCGGUCUGCAAGGCCAAGCAGUGUUCAGAACGAAAUUAACUUUCCGACCGCACUCCACCGAAUCGUUUACGCACAGAAAGAUGACUAUGUCUCUGGCCGACAGAUCGCAAAAGACUUCUGGCAUUAAAGUUCUUUCUCAAGUGGGAAUGAAUCCGGAUCAAAACAGAUACGAGAUGAUAAAGAAAGAAGAAGAAAAGCUACGUAUGGCUAUGCGAGUACAAAAUAAAACGAAGAAGAGUACUGGCGGCACCAGGAACACCAGCCGUGCCAUGGGAGCAUACAGCGGUGAUGCUUAUCACGAUGAUGGCUCUGAUGACGAGGGUGCAAUUUCGUUGGCAGCAAUAAAAAAUAAAUAUAAAAAAGGCGCAGCGAUUCCUUCUAAAGCUUCGAACAUUUAUUCUUCAGACGAGGAAGGAUCGGACAUUGAAACGCAUAGACCUAAAAAGAACACUAAAGGAAAAGUACUUAAAGAUUCAGAUGAAGAAUCCAACUCUGAAAGUUCUGCCGGAAGCGGCGGAGACGAUAAUCAAGCAGAUGAUGCAAGUGAUUGAAAUGUAUACAUAUUGUAUAGUAAAUAAUCUUUUUAUAAGUAAAUUAAGUGAAUAAACGUCUUAGUAAAACAAGUGUUUAAGUGAAUAAACGUCUUAGUAAAACAA